GGAACUGUAUAUCGUCGCUAGGCGACAGCAAGCACCGCUCUGGGCACGUGCCCUAUAGAGACAGCAAGCUGACGAUGCUUCUAGCUGACAGCCUGGGAGGCAACGGCGUCACCCUCAUGAUCGGCUGCGUUUCUCCCUCUUCACAUAACAGUGCAGAGACGAGAAACACACUCCGCUAUGCAAACCGUGCAAAGAAAAUCAGGAGUAAGCCAGUAGUAAAGAUGGAUCCAAAGGAGAAGAUGAUACUGAGUCUGAAGCGGGAACUGAGGCUCCUUCGAAAUGAAAACAAGUAUCUGCGACAUCAG